AUUUUGAUUGUGCGGGUCGUACGAAUAUGUGCUGCGAAGCGGAGCUCUAUUAUAAUUUAUAUGGCGGCCGGUGGCAGUGAAAGUGCUGGAGGCGAGGCUGCGGCGCGCACAACCCGUUCAGUCUCUUGUCUGACACCAUGGAUGCGCGUCUGCUCUUCUGCCUCCAGCUCCUCGUGCUCGCCGCGUCGGCUCAGGACACAGACAAAGCAAAGAGACAAAUAUUCCGCGAGCAAGUGCUGCCACAUAAUGGAGGAAAAAUUCCCGAGUCUGCGUUUCGUUCAGACAGACUAGCGCUGAACAAACUGCAGAAACUCGGCGUGGCUGUUCCCGAUGGAAUCAGUCUAGAUGCGAGGACCAACUCGGUUUUUAGGGUAUCACACGACCCUGAGACGGAGUACACCCUUAUCAAGAUCCUACAGGAGGACGAAGGGCGCUACGUUCCCACGGAAGGCCGCAGGUACCCGACCUUCCCCAGGUCGGUGCAGUCGACGUACCUGCUGCGACCUCCGAUCGGCUCGUUGCGCCUGCAGCACCACUUCCACCGUGCCCUGCCAGGUCCAGGACUGUCUCUUGGCGGCGCCACCAUUGAGGCCACUUCUGGAGUAGCAUCCGCGGCGCCGAGUCCUCAGCAGCCAACCCGGGGCUACCUGCCGGCCUACGCCAGCGGCCACUUGGGCUACAAGCCGCGACUGUCGCCACCCACCGGCACUCUGGCCUCGCCCCUCUCAGCCGCCCUUCGAGCUGAACAUACUGAAGAGGCCGCCAAACCCGCGGACAAGUUCAAUUACGGAUUCUACGGUCUAGAUGCUGACUCCGGCUUCCAACCGUCUCCACGACUGAAUCUGCUGCAACCGUCGAGCUACUCGAGCUUUUUCACGCCGACGAGCGCUUUCUCGAGCGGCUUGGUGCACGUCCGCUACCCUUUCCGCAACACAUACGCAACUGAUUCAUUUUACGGUAACCCCCUGGACAACAGUCUGGCUGGCAGAGCUGCUGAAGACGCUUACUCCGCCGAGUCCGCAGUCCACGAAAUCCGAAGGAGCGCGACCUUGGUGUGCGAGGGAAACACGAACGGCGAGGCGAGAACCCACCCCCACCCUAACGGAGGAUGCACGAACUAUCUUUUCUGCCUGGACGACGGCCGCACCGCCGAGUACGUUUGCCCCGAGGGAUCGCUGUUCAACGCUGCCAAGGGCGCGUGCGACAGCAACAGCUUCAACUUGGACCGAAACUGUCAACCCUUGGAGUAGAAACGAAGCACAUUCCACACUGACACGGUGCGCGGCCUCAGGAACUUUGAUCCGGCCUUUAAUGAACGGCGAUUACUGUAUUAGAUUUCCUUUUCUCAUGUGCGAGUUGAAUGCGUGUCGCGUAAUUACGUGGAUGCAAAGGCUGCAACGCGUGUUGACGCAGUUUGCUUGACAGGAUGAGUGUGUGCAUGUAUUUAACCUGAGAGAAAAUCGUGAGAAAGCACUGGACAGUGUCGUUAGAUGCGUCGUAAUUUUUCAUCGAUUUGUUUACGUUGCAUAGUUAGAUUUUAAAUUUAUAUUAGUUUUAAACCUUUGUAAAUAUCGUUUUAUGAAUAAAUGCGUUAAACAAGUUCUUUUUUAAAUAA